AAAACUUAGAUUUUAAUAUUUUUACACAUAUAUAAUAAUGUAUGUCCAAUACUUUGUAAGAGUAGUUAUAUAAAGAACUUCACUAAAAACACAUUUACCUCUUUCAAGGACUUGAACCCAAGAAAAUAGCUUAGCACCCAAUAAAAAAAACCAAACCUCCCUUCAUUUCCUUAUUAAGAUCAAAAAUAUAGUAACGAUGUGUCCUUUUGUACCCACUUUAGGAUUGGAGUAUCCUAUAGAAUUAGAAACAUAUGACCAAGUUUUACUAGAUAAUAAUUAUCUAAACUUGGACUCCAUUUUUCUUCCUAAUAUUUUGUUGUCUCAAGCUCAAGAUGAUAGCAAUAAUAAUCUUGUUAAGAUUAAGCAAAGAAAAUCGCCGCUAAGUACAAGUUUAGCCGAUCAUCAGUUUGGGGCAGCCGUGACAACGACCACAACAAUGAAGAGAAAAAUUAAUCAUAACGCUAGUGAGAGAGAUCGGAGGAAGAAGAUUAAUGUCUUGUAUUCUUCUCUACGUGACUUGCUUCCUCCUACUGAUCAAAUUAGAAGGUUAAGCAUUCCUGCGACCGUUGCACGGGUGCUGAAGUAUAUACCAGAGCUACAAGAAGAAGUGAAGGGUCUAACACAUAGAAAAGAAGAACUCUUAUCAGUAAUUUCAGUGUUACAAGGAAAUAAUACAAGGAAAAAUAUUUACGAGGAAAAGCCGAAAAUGGACAAAAUCAAGGAGAAAUCAACAUCUUUUUCAGUUUCUAUGAAUAAUUUGAGUGAUAAAGAAAUGGUAAUUCAAAUAUCAACAUUAUUUGAAAUGGUAUCAUUGAGUGAAGUGCUUAUAUUGCUUGAGAAGAAUGGUAAUAUUAUUAUUGAUGUUUCUUCUUUUCAAUCCUUUGGAGGAAGGUUUUUCUACAAUAUACAUUUGUGGUUGGAAGAAAACUAUGUUGUCAACUACGACAAAUUGAAUGAAGAGCUAUUAUCCUUGUUUCAGAAGCAGAAGUUGUAUACACCUUGCAGUUGAAGUGCCCAUAUCACGUGACAUUUUGCCUUUUGAUCUUUUUUUUUUUACUAACCUAGGAAAAAACAUAUGCAUAUCUUUUACUUCGUAACUCUUUAUUAUAGUGUAAAUGUCAAUUUACUCAAUUAUACAUGCA